UACACUUUACUUCAGUUUCAAUACUUAAGUGAAAGUUAGUUGAAGCAAAAAGAAUUAGCAACCAUGAAAGCAACAAUUAUUUUGGCACUAGUUGGCCUUUUAGCUAUUUCAGCUAAUGGUGCUACUUUGAACUCUGCACAAAGCCUCAAUCCUUACGACUAUUUGAACUUUGGAGAUAUUGCCAAGAAAUAUGUGACAGCUUUCCAACGUAUUAUGCCAUGCGGUUAUGCUGCUUGGGAUUUACCAGCACUAGCUCCAUACACAAUGGAUCAUUAUGCUUACAAUUUAACUGGUGAUGACUACAGCCUUGUUGGCUCCUUCGACAACCUUUACGUUGAUGGUUUAAACAAGUGGACAAUAUUAGAUUUUAGCUACAAUGCAACAACUCAAGUAUUUAAUUUUGAUGUGGUACAUAACUAUAUUCAAUUAUUAUCUGAAUACAGUAUUAAUGCUACCGCUUAUAUUGCUGGUUUCCCACUCACCUAUGCCGGUGAAGGUGUACUCAACUGGAAAUAUACUGAUUUACGUACCAUUGGCAGCUACACCUUCCAAAAUAAUAACAACAACAACCAAAAUGGCUUAGAGAUUGUUGAUUUCGAUAUGCAAGUCUUACUUGGUGAUGUCCAAACUAGCAACUGGAAUAAUUUCUGGGACAAUCAAAUAAACAACUUCGUCAACAAGUUCCAACGUGAAUACGUGCUCUUAUAUGUUCAACAAUCACAAUCAUACUUCGUCGAUUUGUACAAGAACUAUGUCUUGACUGCUCUUAAUCGUCAAAUUGCCGAUCUUUCAAUGACUGAAUUAUUGGAAGCUAUGGUUGGUCUCACCAUGGAAUUGGAUGAAGUUCAAUGCCCACAAAAUUAAAUUCGUUUAAGUAAAAUUUAAUCUAAUAGUAAAUUAACAAAUUUAAUUAAAUAUU